AUGGUUGAGCAACCAAAACCAUUUCACAGACCGCCUCCUAAGCUACUGUCUAAACUGUUUAUGCCAAGGGAGAAUGUUGAGAAAGCAGGAGGGAUUUUUGGACAGUAUCUAACUAGGGCAAUAAAGGGCACAAAUUAUGAAAAUAGAAGGUCUGGCAGUGCUCAAGGGCAAGUCAAGCAGACAGAUGCUUCCUGCAGCAAUGAGCACAUAUUCCACAGUCCCUUGAAAAUCCAGCCUAAAGAUACGCACCAGUCUGUUUGUCAGAUUUACCACAGUCAAACACAAAUCCAGCUCAAAGAACUAUUUCUUCAGACUCAGUUGCAGCCUGGCAAUACACAAACUGUCCACGUUUGUUCUUGCCUUGUAUGUUUCCAACACAGAUAUGCCUAUCUCCUUAAUCAGGGUAGUAACCAUGGACAAACACUGUUCCAGACCAAAGCUACAGGUUUGCCUGACCUAAGGAGAGGCCCAGGACUGUGUCAGCCUGGGUUGUUUUUAUUAGAAAAUCUCUAGUGUCUGGAUGCUGCCUAUAAUGACAUUAGCUUCAUUCCUAAUGACAUCAAGAACCUCAAAAAACUGUAAUGUCUGAACACUGAAGAGAACCAGCUCUCUGCUUUGCCAUCUGGGAUUUUGAAUCUUCCACUAAUCCUCAGAAUGGAAAAUAACUUCAUACAUCCCUUGUUGAAAGAAGAGAUUCAGAAUUAGCUUCAGAAGCUCACUUGUCUGGCUGCCCUUUGCUUCUCCAGAAAUAAUCUGAAGGAAAGAUAUCUACAGAACACAGAAGACAGUAAAAAAAUUGGAUGAGUAAUACAGUAUUUUACUGUCUGUGAUUGCUGCAGUAGACCUUGGUAUGGCAAAGCACUUUGGCUCAUCUGACAUUACAGGAACAUACUUCAAGUUGGAAGACUUCCCCUUUGUUUCCAUGCUUACCCAUCAUUAUUCCACAGAAACCUCAUGUCCAGUACUUUGUGGAAAGUGAUCCGAAUUGCAGCAGAGGAACUCUGA